UCCAAUCUCCACACUAGCACAGCAUAGCACAACACCACUUCCAUCGAGAAUUGCUGAGACGAUGGAAAUGGAUAUGGAUACGGACAUUCCCGAUCCCUCCGAGCUCGAAUGGCUCGAAUCGAACUCGUACCACCUCCACGACGACCUCGAGUUCGACGACGAUUUCCAGCAACCCCCAUCCCCGCCAUCGGAGCCUGAAGAAGAAGAAAUCCCGAACCCAGAAACCGCAAAAGGCGUUGACCCUCCCGUACCCAGAAACCCCUCACUUCAAUUACCCCCAAAACCCGCUCUCUUAAUCCCGCCUAAGCCAUCAUCAUCCCUCCCCAACCAGACAAAGAAACGAUUCCGGCCCGACCCGGUCCCGGCGGGUGCCGGAGAUGCGGCAUCCGUUGAGGAGAAACGAAGCAGAGUGGAAAGUGGAGAGGAUGAGGACUGGCUCCGGUACUCGCCGCCGCCUGCUCCGGCGGUCGAGGUGGUGGAGAGAGAGGAGGAGGAGGAGAAGGAAAAGAUUUUGUCGAGGUACGCUAUGGAGAUUGACGGGGAUUGCGUACCGGUCACGGGGUUGGAUGGGGAGAGGGUUUAUGCAAAGAUUUGCAGAGCUCAUAUGAGAGAGAGGAUCACGAAGCUGAGCACAAAGGGUGAAUCUAAUGGUCUUAUUUUGGAACCUGUCAGGGUUCUUAUGGAAAGAGUGGAACAGGAUGAAUUUACAAAGGCAUUGGAAGCUAGUUCUGAAGAUCAAAUUGAGACAACUCCUCCAAAAGCAACGUUAACAACUGAGCAACUUUGGGUGGAAAAAUAUGCUCCAAGUUCAUUUACAGAACUUCUUAGUAAUGAGCACACAAAUCGAGAGGUUCUUAUGUGGUUGAAACAGUGGGAUUCAAGUGUUUAUGGAUCUGAAAUUAAGAGUACAGAGGAUCAUGUCUUGUCUGCUUUGAGACGCCAUUCAUUAGUUAAACGCCCAAAAUAUUCCGCUAGUAAGACUUUUGGAACUAAUAGAGAAUCUGUGUUCAGCAAAGAUGGAUCUCAUAAUUAUCCAUUUGAAGAGAAUGGUAACUCAAAAGAUAUUAAGGACCUGGGGGAGAAGAAAGGUAGACAAUCUGGCCCACCUGAACAGAAGAUUCUUCUACUUUGUGGUCCUCCUGGGCUUGGGAAAACAACACUUGCUCAUGUUGCUGCUCGGCAUUGUGGAUACCGAGUAGUUGAGAUUAAUGCCAGUGAUGAUCGGUCAUCAUCUACAAUAGAAUCCAAAAUCCUGGAUGGGGUCCAGAUGAACUCUGUUCUUGCUGAUUCAAAGCCCAAAUGUUUGGUUAUUGAUGAAAUUGAUGGUGCUCUUAAUGAUGGAAAAGGUGCAGUGGAGGUCAUUAUGAAGUUGGUGUCUGCGGAGAGGAAAUCCAAUGCCGGAAAAGAAAAUGAUCCUCAAGGGGCACAGCCUGUACGGAAGUCCUCAAAAAAGAAGGAAAAGACUGCAUCUUUGUUAAGGCCUGUGAUAUGCAUCUGUAAUGAUCUUUAUGCUCCUGCCUUGAGGCCAUUGCGUCAGGUUGCAAAGGUUCAUGUAUUUGUUCAACCAACUGUGGUUCGUGUGGUAAACAGGCUCAAGUAUAUAUGCAAUAAGGAAGGAGUGAAGACUAACUCCACUGCUCUGACUGCUCUAGUGGAGUAUACAGAAUGUGAUAUACGAUCGUGCUUAAACACCUUGCAGUUUCUCAACAAAAAGAAGGAGACCCUCAAUGUGUUGGAGCUAAGGUCUCAAGUAGUUGGCAAGAAAGAUGCAUCAAAAAGUGCUUUUGACAUCUGGAAAGAGAUUUUCCAGAAGAGGAAAGCAAAACGUGAGAAGAAAUACAAUAAUUCCUUCCAGUGCAUGUCUAAUGAUUUUGAAUCUCUGCACUCUCUAAUAUCUAAUAGGGGUGACUUUGACUUAAUUUUGGAUGGAAUCCAUGAGAAUAUUUUGCAACUCCGAUACAAUGACCCUGUGAUGCAAAAAAGUGCCAAGUCCUUGGAUAUUCUUGGUGAUUCUGACAUAAUUCAUCAAUACAUCAUGCGCACACAACACAUGUCCCUUCUAGUUUAUCAGCCUUCACUUGCAAUUACUAUUCACCGUCUCGUAGCUCAGGUUGAAAGGCCAAACAUUGAAUGGCCCAAGUCAUUUCACAGAUAUCGCAAUAUAUCAAUAGAAAAGAUGGAAACAUUCCGUUCGUGGCACUACAAGAUGGCACCUUGCAUAUCUAGACAUCUGUCAACUAGAUCUUUUGUGGAAGACUUGAUUUCUCCAUUGUUACAUAUUCUUUCGCCACCAACAUUAAAACCGGUGGCAUUGCAUUUACUAUCAGAGAAAGAGAAGAGAUAUUUGGCUCAAUUGGUGGAUACAAUGGUGUCAUAUGUAAUAACAUAUAAGAACGUGAAAUCUGAUCCUUCAUCAGGUUCCAUGAAACACGAGGAUGCUUUAGAUUCUUCAAUGCUUUCUUUUGAACCCCCUAUUGGUGAUUUCAUAAAUUUCAAGGGCUACAUUUCAUGCCAUUUUGUUCUUGCUUCCGCAAUGAAGGCAGUCUUGGUACAUGAGGUUGAAAAUCAAAGGAUUUUGAAAACCAGCAGAAAUGAACUGAUACAACCAACUGUGAACCAACCGUCAGUCGGGAACAACAAGAACUCUACACUUCAUUCUAGAUCUUGUUCUACAACUACUUCUGCUGACAAAGAUCCAAGUAUAAGGAAUCCUAUCCAAAAGCUAUCUACAUCUUCUAGUCCUUCAGCCACAGAAUCUAUUGGAGGUGCUGCAGUUAAAGUGAGUUCUCCAGAAAAAAAGAAGCCUGCCAGAGGAUCAUUCAACUUUUUUGACAGAUUCAAAAAACUUAGUAAAGGAUCUCAGCACAAGGAUACUGCUAAACAAGGACCAACAGAGAGGAGGGAUUCAUGUCCUUUAUUGUUUAAGUUUAAUGAGGGUUACACAAAUGCAGUCAAGAGACCUGUCCGAAUCCACGAAUUUCUUUGAUUCCAGCAAACAGUUAAACAUGUGGAUCAGUAGAGAGAACUGAGAUUAACCUUAGAAAUGACAUCUGCUGCCAGAGGUUGGUUGUCUAUAGCAAAGUGAAUGAAAGGCCUAGCAAAAUUUGGUGCAACCUUUAAUUAUGUCAAUAUAUAUUAAUCAUGAUAUGAAUGCCAGAUCCAGAUCCACUCACUUGCAUAAAUGGAAGAACAAAGCAAAAGAAACU